GCAGAGGGGUGCUGAGGGGCUGACGGCUGAGGGCCGAGCGCUGGCAUGCUGCGCUGGCUGCUCGGGGCCGGCCGGGAGCCACCGGGGCUGGCCGAGAAAUCUCCUUUCCAGUCAGUGGGUGAAGAGCAGACCCAGAACCCCUACACAGAGCUGCUGGUGCUGAGAGCUCACCGCGACAUCGUGCGCUUCCUGGUGCAGUUGGAUGGCUACCGGUUUGCGUCAGCUGGUGAUGACGGAGCUGUGAUUGUGUGGAAUGCACAGACAGGAGAAAAGCUUCUUGAACUCAGCGGACACACACAAAAGAUGACAGCUGUUUCGACAUUUCCUUGCUCGGUGUCUUGUGCAGAGCAGCGCUCACUCCUGCUGACGGCCUCCGCGGACAAGACGGUCGUGGUCUGGGACAGUGACACUGGCAGACUGGUGGAGAGACUGUCAUGUUUCCAGUCCACUGUAAAGUGUUUGAUGGUUCUCCCACGGCUGGGCAUCUGGCUCUCUGGUGGAGAUGAGCUGUGUGUGUGGAGCCGGAAUUUAGACCUCCUGUGCAAGGCCACCCAGCUCUCGGAUGCAGGGAUCACUGCUUUGGCUGAAAUACCGAAGAACUGUGUUGUAGCAGCAGUUGGCAAAGAGCUGAUCAUUUUCAGGUUGGCGGUACCCUCGGAAGGCUCCCGGGAGUGGGGGAUUACUGAAGCCAAGCGCCUUCACGGGCACCAGGAUAACAUUCUGUCCUUGGUCAGUGUCAAUGAUGCUAGCUUUGUCUCCGGCUCCCACGUCGGAGAGCUGAUUGUCUGGAGUGCCCUGGACUGGACCAUGCAGGCUUCUGAGUGGAACUUCUGGGACCCAUCUCCACAGCAGGAGACCCAGCAGGAAAUCAAACUCUCUCAGAAACCAAACGACAUUUCCAUUCACCAUUUCACGUGUGAUGAGGAGAACGUGUUCGCUGCCGUCGGCCGGGGGCUGUACGUGUACAACCUUCCCACGAAGCGGCUCACCGCCUGCCACAAGGCUGCUCACGACUCCAGUGUCCUGCACAUCGCCAAACUCCCCAACAGGCAGUUACUCUCCUGCUCAGAAGAUGGCAGUGUGCGCAUCUGGGAGUUACGAGAAAGACAGCAGCUCACAGCUGACCCCGUGCCCACAGGUUUUUUUAACAUGUGGGGAUUUGGAAGAGUGAACAAACAAGCCAGCCAGCCUGUUAAAAAGCAGCAAGAAGUUACCACUUCCUGUUCCCUGGAGCUCAUUGGCGAUCUCAUUGGACACUCAUCCUCCGUGGAGAUGUUUCUAUACUUUGAAGAUCAUGGACUAGUGACUUGCUCUGCUGACCACCUCAUCAUUUUGUGGAAGAACGGAGAGCGAGAAUCUGAACUGCGCAGUUUAAAGCUAUUUCAAAAGUUGGAGGAGGAUGGUGACCUGUCCCACACUGUCCUGUAGUGUGGCACCAUGCAGGCCCCAAGGGACCGAGCCCU